UUUUCUGAACUACGCCAUUGUUCCUGCAAAUGCAUGGUAACAAUUAUGUUGAGCUGUAGAAUGAAAACGACGUCAAAAGAUCGAUAAGAAUAGCUCCAGUGUGAUGUUAGAAAGACUGGUCGAUUUCUCAAUGAUCAAUAAUGUCACUUAAAACCUGUUACGGGUAUGUUUGUAUGUUGUGAACUGGUGGCGAUUUAGAGGGUGAGAUACGCCGUUUGGUCAUAUACGACUGUUGUGUUUCAGACGUGCGCAUGUUCCCAUGACAAGUUCGGAUACACGUAUACCAAUCGAAGGAUACUUCUAACAUGCGAUUAAGACUUUUCAGGCAAGUUCCCAAGAUGCUUUACCAGAAGAGGGAAUGAGGCAGCACAGAUCGGUAGACUCCGGGGGACGGGAAUCUCUAGCGAGAGUCCGCUCGUCCCCCGCCGGCCUGACAGAUGGAGAAGCGGAUAUUAUCGCGGCCAUAGACAUCGGUACGACCUAUUCUGGAUAUAGCUUCGGCAUUGUGGAAGAUUUGAACAAAGACAGGACGGCCAUGUUCAUCAACAAGACAUGGAUUUCAGGCAAUCCUCGUUUGACCACCAUGAAGGCCCCCACGUCUGUCUUGUUUACCCCAGAGAAACGCUUCCACUCGUUUGGAUAUGAGGCGGAGUGGAAGUACAGUCAACUAGCAGCCGACAAGGUCAAUGGCGGAUGGUACUACUUCCGGCGCUUCAAAAUGCCACUGCUGUCAGAUGAAAACCUUAACACUACGACCAGUAUUAUCGACGAUACCGGGAAACCACUGAGAGCAGCCAUGAUCUACGGCACUGUAUUAAAGACUCUCAAAUCGGCCCUAGUGGAGAACCUGGCCACGUCCAUGAAAAGUUGCACGGUACAGUGGGUGACAGAGAACUUUAUUUUCCGUUGGGUUAUCACACACCCUGCAGGAUGGUCAGACGACGCCAAACAGUUCCUCAGACUGGCCGCCAAACAGGCCAGUAUACCGGAUAUUGUACUUGUACCGGAACCGGAAGCAGCAGCGAUGUACUGUCAUAUCAGCAACCUUCAUCGUAUCAACACACGGAAUGGAGAAAUAAUUUGUAUUCAAAAACAAGGUCUUCACUACUUGGUCGUAGACUUAGGAGGAGGAACUGUGGACACAACAAUCCACGAGUUUGACGAUGAAAACAAGAUAAAUGAACUUCACAGCACAUGUGGCGCAGUGUUUGGCGGGUUACGGGUAGAUGGUGCCUUCGUUGAGUUCAUGAUGAAGGUCAUCGGGUUCGAAGAGAUGGACAAAUUUGCUCAAAGUUUCCGCGGGGAUUUACUGACCCUUCACAAAGAGUUCGAGUCUAAAAAACGGGUGUUUGAUCCCACCUCCCAAGAUUACAUUUCAAUCAAAGUUCCAGCAAUACUACGAAGGAUAUAUGAAGUGAAUGCAAAACAGCCCCUCCAACUUAAGGUGGACAACUCUGAAUUUGGGGACCUUGUGAAAAUGCACGGUGAUAACAUUAAUAUUGACCCGGAAAUCUUCGACGAUUUUUUCAAAUCUGCUGGAGAACUAAUUUUGACACACGUGAUGAAAGUACUUAGCUCCAAAAAAGGCAGAAACGUGAAGACAAUCGUAAUGGUCGGUGGUUUUGCUCAGGCGGCAAGCAUCCAAAGUUUAAUGAGGAAGAAGUUCCCGGAUAUGACGAUUCUUAUGCCGAAUGAACCGGAACUGGCUGUGUUGAAGGGCGCCGUGCUUUACGGACAUGAGUUUGCGCCGAUCAUAAAGAUGGAUGCAAAAUAUUCGUACGGAAUAUCCAUAGCGUUACCUUUCCAUAGGCACGACCAUCACGAGGACAAAAGAUUCAAUGCAAAUGGCGUGGAUCUGUGCACGGACAUCUACAGCGAACAGAUCCGCAAAGGGGAGACCGUCCGUAUAGGCGAUUUCGUUACAAAAACCAGCUUGUUUGUGAACAGAAAAAGUCAAAAGUUUUUAUCUCUUCCUAUGUUUCUGCACACAGGUGCCGAAUCUUCGGUGUACACCACAGAUGCGAGCUGCUAUUUUCUUGGUAAGAUGCAGAUUUCGCUUGCUUCUGAUCGAGACCUCAAUGCGCCCAUUGUAGUCCGAAUGGGACUUACCUACUCGGAACUUCUAGUGGAGGUUGUUGACGAAAGUAAUGGCCGGACAGUACGAGAUACAUUCCUAGAUUCACCAUUAAAGAAUGAUUAACAGUCUUACAUUCUCUGUACUGAAUCAUGGUGUUAUACUUCGUAAGGAAUGUGUUAUCCGAUAAGCUUCAUGCGGGAUUUAACGGAAAUUGAAAACUCUGGAUCAACUUUAAGGUACAGCUGUACUCUUGUACUAAGGAUGAAUACAUUGCGUCAGCGAUGCGGGUUAAUUCUUGCUCACUUGCCUGGUACACAGACUCGCUCAUUACCAGUAAAGGUAGGGAAACUCAAAAGAACCGUUUCAAAGGAUGAUCGCAGAUCGUGAUGAGAGAGAAAGGGAAGGCCGUGGUAAAAAGCCGAGUAGACAAAUUAAUCAAAUGAGAUUCCAAGGCAGUACACUGUUUGAUGUACCUAUUCAGUGGCUGAAAAUCUAUAAAGCAGUGUCCUGGCCAUGGCAAGCCACGGAGUGGAAUGCGUCGGUAGAAUCUGUGAACUGAAGUUUUCAUUGACAACUCUAUAGACGUCGAAUGAAUGCCGGGUAAACUAGUAACUCCAAGUGUCGUCGUGUUCUGGUCCCGUUUGGUAAGGAAGGCAUUAUGUAUUACAGAAUAAUCGCUGAAUUGUGCAAUGACGAUCCGUUUUAAAAUAAUUGCCUUUUGUGAAUAUAUGCUCCAACAUUUCUUUUUAAAUAGGUCAACACGUGACUAUCCCGUGCAGAGCGUGCAGUAAUGACGUGAAAACCAUUGAUAUACUGUAUAUACUUAAUGUAAGGCGGGUUUCCGCUUAAAUAGCAAACUGUGAUACAUAAAGUGUACGUUAUAUGUUUGUUGACACACACCUGUGUGUGAAUCUUUUGUUUAAUUUAUGUAUUCCCAUGUCGCUAUUAUUCCGAAUAACCUCAAUGAAAUAUGUAUCUCUCCAAAAGCGUUGGCAUUAUUUCACUUUUGGAAAUAUAGAAAGCGUCCUAUUUAUUUUGGGUAUCAAAAGAUCAUUAAUAAAAUAAUUACAAAGGCUAUUUUGGUCCUGGCCUCUGCCCACACUGCAGCUAACAUUUCAACAGAACUUUCACCUUUCGGGCUAUUUGUGCAGUCAGUUCGAUUAGCUGCCCAAUUGAACGCAUUGCUAUUUACCAGCUCCUAUCAUAGAAACCCCAUGUUCUUGGUACAGUAAAUAUCCCGUAUAGAGGGAAGUUUUAGCGUAUCAAACCGUCUUAUCAAUUUUCAAAAUAAAAUAUCGUGUCUUGAAAAUACAAAUGUCAAAUAUUAUAAAGGGCUUUGUCCUUCAUCUGUUUAUGAGAAUGGAGUUUGUCCGUCAUUUAUUAAUGAUAAUGGAGUUUGUCCUUCAUCUAUUAAUGAGAAUGGAGUUAGUCCUUUUUUUUAUUAAUGAGAAUGGAGUUUGUCCUUCAUCUAUUAAUUGAAAUGGAGUUUGUCUUCAAUUAUUAAUUAAAUGGAGUUUGUCUUCAUUUAUUAAUUAAAAUGGAGUUUGUCCUUCAUCUAUUAAUUAAAAUGGAGU